AUGAUGGACACAAGUGGAAAGACAGUGGAGAGAAAGAAGACCUCAACCACAAGCGAUGACAAGGUGGUCAAGGACACACAACAACAACAACAACAGACAAAGAAGCAAGCGCUACCAGUGAAGAAACCAAACUUCAUUGUCGCUUGUAUAUUGGCUAUGCGUCCAUGGUCAUUGACUGCUGGUGCCAGCUGUGCGAUGGUCGGAACUGCACUGGCCAAUCGCUUCUACGAUAUCUACGACCCGGUGACGUUCGCCAUCGUGAUGGUGGGCGCCGUGUCAACACAGGUCUUUGGCAACCUGAUCAACUCAUACUACGACUUUGCCAGCGGCGUCGACCAGCCACAGGACGCGGCCGACCGCACCAUGUUUGAUCUGGGACUGACCCAGAAGCAUGUGUCCACACUUAUCUUUAUGAGCUUGAUCAGUGCCUUUGUGUCGCUGUGCUCGCUCGUCUACAGGAUGCCGCCCGAUGUCGUGGUCACCCAACUGCUGCCCCUGGUCAUGUUUGGUGCGCUGCUCACGGUGGCCUACACAGCAGCACCCUUCAACCUAAAGUACCGCGGACUGGGCGAUGUGGUCAUUGUCAUCUGCUUCGGACCACUCAUCAUUCAAGGUUCAUUCAUUGCUCAGACACACUUUGCAGACAACUUUGUCUACCUAUUCUCGAUUCCACUGGCCCUGACCAUCGAAGGCAUUCUUCACGUCAACAACACACGUGACAUAGUAUCAGACAGACGUGCCAAUGCCACAACACUAGCCAACAUCAUUGGUCACAAGAACUCACUAUACUUCUACAUCAUGUUAUAUGUUUUGGCGUAUGGAGUACAACUAUACCUAUCAUUGCAGGUUGGUAGCAACAUGAUCAAUCUUCCAUUCAUUGUCGUGCCCAAGUUGUUCAGUACACUCAUUCCAAAGUUCAAGAGAGGUGAGUUUGGAGACUUGGUCGAACAAACAGCCCAGUUCUCCUUCUUCUUUGGUGGACUAUCCACCGUUGGUAUACUUUACAGUCAUCUUCCAUUCUAUGCCUCAUCGUCAACAUUAUAA